AUGUGUGAAGAAGUCAAGCAGCCAGCUAUUCAAGUCCCACGAGCCAUCGUCGGUGGUGUUGCCCUUAAUAUGCUUGCCGGACUCGCUUUUCUGCUACCAAUCGCGUUCGUCCUUCCAGAUAUCUCCAUGCUGGCAAGCAUUCCAUCCGGACAGCCAGUACCGUCUAUUAUGAAGUCCGCAACAGGAAACCCUGCAGGAGCCUUUUGUCUUCUGGUCCCAUUGCUGGUCCUAGGAUUGAUCUGUGGAAUUGGCUGCGUGACUGCGACAUCACGAUGCACUUGGGCGUUCGCUCGAGAUGGUGCGGUCCCAGGCUCUCGGAUGUGGAAGAAGGUCAAUAGGCGUCUCGGAAUCCCACUCAAUUCCAUGCUCCUGGGGAUGGUGAUUGAAAUCCUGCUGGGUUUGAUCUACUUUGGCUCGAGUGCUGCGUUUAACGCCUUCUCCGGCGUGGGUGUUAUCUUCCUGACCCUCAGUUAUGCGUGCCCGGUGGCAGUGUCGCUGCUUCUUCGCGGUCGUCGUGAUGUUACGCAGGGAUCAUUCAACCUCGGUUCGCUCGGUGUCUUCUGCAACGUCGUCUGUAUCUGUAAGGCCACUUUUCCCCCUCCGAAUCUUCAUCGGAACUAA